CCUCUUUCCUUUGGCUGAUGCUGCGGGGACCGGUGGGUCGAGUGUAAAGGCUGCCGCUAAUGGGAUUGCUGCUUAGAAAUUGUUGCCUUCCCGCUGAGCAGCUCCAGGUGAUGCAUAGGGCUUUGCCCGCAACCCGUUGAGCUGAUGACCGUGUGAUAGGAAUGGAGACAGAAAGUAUAAGAAGCAAAAUUUUGGAAAAAGAAACUACUGAACAAAGAAAGGAACGAGAAAAAAAGAAAAGAUCUAGAGUUAAACAGGUGCUUUCAGAUAUAGCAAAGCAAGUUGACUUCUGGUUUGGUGAUGUCAAUCUUCACAAAGACAAAUUUCUCCGAGAACAAAUAGAAAAAUCUAGAGAUGGAUAUGUUGACAUAUCGCUUCUGGUUUCUUUUAACAAAAUGAAAAAAUUAACCACUGACAGAAAAUUGAUUGCACGAGCAGUUAAAAGUUCAUCUGUUGUAGAAUUGGAUUUAGAAGGAACUAGGAUCAGAAGGCGGCAACCUUUGGGUGAUCAACCAAAAGAUGUGGAUAAUCGUACAGUAUAUGUGGAAUUGCUUCCUAAAAAUGUCAAUCACAGUUGGAUUGAACGGGUAUUUGGAAAAUGUGGCAAUGUAGUUUAUGUCAGCAUUCCUCGCUAUAAGACCUCCAAAGACCCCAAAGGAUUUGCGUUUGUGGAAUUUGAAACAAAAGAACAAGCAGAAAAAGCUAUUGAGUUCUUAAAUAACCCACCAGAAGAUGCACCAAGAAAACCUGGUAUGUUUCCCAAAACAGUAAAAAACAAAGCUGUUCUGACAUUGCCUACAAGUGAUUCUGCUGUAGUUGAAGAAAAGAAAAAGAAGAAAAAGAAAAAAUCUAAAACGAAGAAGGAAAACAGCCAGCAAACAAAUACUGGAGCAAAAGACUUAUACAUGGCCAUUUCUACAGAAUGCACAAAAAGUCACAGAACGAUAUCAGAGAGUUCUGAAACAGAAUUGUCAGAAAUCCAACGACACUCUUCAAAGAAAGAAAAGAAGAAACUUGAUAAAACACAAAACUCAGGAUUGGGAGAAACCAGAUCGGGAAAGAGGAAGCGGAGUCGCUCUGGUGAUGGAGAGAUGUCAGUUGUAAAAAUGAAGAAAAUUUCUCAGAAAGAUAAUGUUCAUUCUGCAAAGGAGGAAUCAGCAGAAGGGCUGGAUGAUUCCAAAGAAAUUUCUACUGAAGAAGAGAGAGAGACUGGUGAUAAGAAAGAAACCUCUCUUUCAAAGUCUAAAAGAAAACACAAGAAGAAACAUAAAGAGAGACAUAAGAUGGGAGAAGAAGUUAUUCCCCUGAGAGUUCUGUCAAAGAAUGAGUGGAUGCAGCUGAAACAAGAGUAUUUGACCCUACAGAAAGCCAGCAUGUCAUCUCUGAAAAAAGCAAUGGCCAAAACAAACACUGUGACUGUUGGAGCAAUGGAAACAGAUGUCUGUACGCCAGAUGACUCUGCAACAAGAAAUGGCAAAUCUAUCAGCAAUUAUGGUUUAGCUCCUGCUGAGAAGAUUCAUACAAUGGGACCCCAGUUUGAGAGUGGAGUGAUUGUGAAAAUCCUUAGUACUGACCCACUCCCAGGCAGGAAGCACAUCAAGGAUAUGCUAACAACACUAGCUAAUGUUGCUUAUGUUGAUCUGCUGGAAGGAGAUACAGAAUGUUAUGUGCGGCUUAAAGCACAUGGAGAUGCACAAAUUUUAAUAAACUCACAUAAAGAGCUGCAGACAAAGUACAACUGGAAACUUGAGAUCCUUUCAGGUGAUCAUGAACAAAGAUACUGGCAGAAGAUCUUGGUGGACCGACAGGCUAAACUUAAUCAACCUAGAGAAAAGAAGCGGGGCACAGAAAAAUUGAUAGCAAAAGCUGAAAAAAUGAGACUGGCAAAGACUCAAGAGAUAAGCAAGCAUAUCCGUUUCUCUGAGGAUGAGUAAAUUUAUGACUUCCAUGAAAUGUUUAUAAAGAAAGAAAAUAAACUUACGAUAAAGUAUCUCAUUGUUUCAUAAUGGAGUGAGACAAAUGAAAUUGUGCUGAAUUUGAUAAAAUGGAAUACUACUUGAGCCUGUUUGGAAAGAAUGCAUUGAACAAGCUCUUCUAUGAAUUUUUGCACAAAUAUUUAGUACACUGAAUUUUGUAAGUUGUUGUGAGAAUGAAAUAAAAAAUUGAAAUAA